UCCCCUGAGAUCUAACUAUUGUCACCCACUAAUAUGACCACUGAGCAUGUGUCAGGACAGAUUUCCCUUUUCUUUUCUCCAGCUCUCUGAUUGGCUCAGACUGUGGGAAACAUCAAGCAGACCAAGACCCACACAUUCAUAUGGAGAUGUGGGAGUAUAAAUAGGAGGGAUGAAGCCAGCAGAGAUCAGAUUCUCUCUACAGAGACCUCUGCAACACAGAGAUCCAGACAUGGCACCUACAACCACUGCAGCAAUGACCAACUCUCAGGAACAUCUCACUCUGACACACAAGCUCAGAAAGCCUCUGGUGGAGAAGUUACGCAGAGAGCGAAUCAAUAGCAGCAUUGAGCAGCUCAAGUCUCUCCUGGGUCCAGAGUUCCUCAAACAGCAGCCAGACUCCAAGCUGGAGAAAGCAGACAUCCUGGAGAUGACAGUUUACUUCCUGAGACGACUGCAGCAGCAGCAGCAGCAUCAAGCUGUGGACUCUGUUGAUCAGGGCUACUCCAGGUGUGUCCAACAGGUGGUGCACUUCCUGUCCAAGAAGAAUGUGAAUACUCAGUCCCAGAGAAGACUGAUGGAGCACUUCAACAAGCUGCAGUCUUCCUCUGAGAAGAAGAAGCUGAGAGAGGCUGACUUCUCUCCUCUGAGCUCCACAGUCCAGACCAGCAUCACCAAAGACAAAAGUCCAGUCAACAGCUCCCUCUGGAGGCCGUGGUAGACACCUACAGCCUGGAGUUACAACCAGUCCAAGACAAUAUUAUCUUUCAUGUUAAGAAAAAACUUUUGUCAUUUAUUCAGUUUAAAUGAAACUAAAGCUAACAAUCAUUUGCUAUGAUUGUGUUCCAUCAUCACUUUAUGGUGAUACGUGAUGAAAUGAAGUUUAUUACUUCCUCA